GGAACAGAUCGAAGGGAAAAGGAAAGAGAAAGGGAGUCGGCCGCAUCUCACACGGAACUCUCAUACGUGCGAUUGCCAACUCUUUAUUCAUUUAUACCCACAACUAGCGACUAGACGAUCGUGCUAGAUGUUCUCCUAAUUGGCUGCAGCAUGGCCGCCUCCGAGCUCUCCUCCCCUCUCUUGGCCUCUUCCGACCAUGUACCUCUGCCGAAGUCGACGUCGCCGCCUCCGGAGGGCGAGGUGAGCGGCCAUCUGGAGAGCAUCCUGAGCGAUGACUCCCUGCCGACGGCGCGCCGCAUGUGGAUGGCCACGUUGGUGGAGAUACGGUUGCUCGUCUACCUGGCGGCGCCGGCCGUCAUGGUCUACAUGCUCAACUACGUGAUGUCGAUGGCCACCCAGAUCUUCUCCGGCCACCUCGGCAACCUCGAGCUCGCCGCGGCCUCCCUCGGCAAUACCGGAAUCCAGAUUUUCGCCUACGGUCUCAUGCUCGGAAUGGGGAGCGCAGUGGAGACGCUGUGCGGGCAGGCGUACGGCGCGCACAAAUACGAGCUGCUCGGUGUGUACCUGCAGCGUUCGACGGUGCUGCUGAUGGCCACCGGCGUUCCACUGGCGGUGAUCUACGCCUUCUCUCGCCCCAUUCUUGUCCUGCUGGGGGAGUCGCCAGAGAUCGCCAAGGCGGCGUCCAUAUUCGUCUACGGACUCAUCCCGCAGAUCUUCGCCUACGCCGCCAACUUUCCCAUCCAGAAGUUCCUGCAGGCGCAGAGCAUCGUGGCGCCGAGCGCCUACAUAUCCGGGGCUACGCUGGUGAUGCACCUGGUGGUGAGCUGGCUGGCAGUGUACAAGCUGGGGAUGGGCCUUCUGGGGGCUUCCCUCGUCCUCAGCCUUUCGUGGUGGGUCAUCGUGGCAGCGCAGUUCGUGUACAUCGCCACCAGCCGCCGGUGCCGGAACACUUGGACCGGGUUCACGUGGCAAGCCUUCACCGGGCUUCCGGAGUUCUUCCGACUGUCGUCCGCCUCCGCUGUCAUGCUCUGCCUGGAGACCUGGUACUUCCAGAUCCUCGUUCUCAUCGCCGGCCUCCUCGAUAACCCCGAACUCGCUCUUGAUUCGCUCUCCGUUUGCAUGACAAUUUCUGGCUGGGUGUUCAUGAUCUCGGUCGGAUUCAACGCGGCGGCCAGUGUGCGGGUAAGCAACGAGCUGGGCGCCGGCAAUCCAAAGUCGGCGGCGUUCUCGGUGGUGGUGGUAACGGUCAUGUCGUUCAUCAUAUCGGUGAUAGCGGCGCUCAUCAUACUCGCCCUCCGCGACUACAUCAGCUACGCCUUCACAGAGGGGGAGACGGUGGCGCGCGCCGUCUCCGACCUCUGCCCCUUGCUCGCCACCACCCUUAUCCUCAACGGAAUCCAACCCGUUUUAUCCGGCGUCGCUGUUGGAUGUGGAUGGCAAGCUUUUGUGGCCUACGUCAACGUCGGCUGCUACUACGUAGUUGGUGUUCCACUUGGUUCUCUCCUCGGCUUCAAGUUUGGUUUAGGAGCCAAGGGGAUUUGGGGAGGCAUGAUCGGCGGUACCUUCAUGCAAACGCUUAUCCUGAUUUGGGUCACCUACCGAACCGAUUGGAACAAGGAGGUAGCAGAGGCUAAGAAGAGAUUGAACAAGUGGGGGGACACGCAGGAGCCCCUUGUAUCUUAGAGAUUAAUAAGUAAUCAAUAAGGGACUUUGCUGAAAUGUAGUUGUUUGUAAUCACGUCCAGCUCAAUUAAACACGGUAGCUCUUUGGCUGGGUUUGCAUUUGUUGAAGCACUGAUUGCACACUUUGGUUGAA